UCGUGUUUUCUCUUGACACCGAAAAUAUUUGCAGAGAGAGAAUGUGUGGGAUAUUUGCGUAUUUGAAUUUCAAUGUGGAGAGGGAGAGACGAUACAUUCUUCAGAUUCUCUUUGAUGGGCUUCGUCGUCUCGAGUACAGAGGCUACGAUUCAGCUGGGAUCGCCAUUGAUGAUUCGUUCUCUCGCCACCCGGACACAUCCAAUCACUUCUCCGCCACCUCUCCUCCUCCGUUCGUGUUUCGUCAGGCAGGCAACAUCGAGUCCCUCGUCAAAUUUGUCUACCAAGGUAUUGCAGAUAUAGAUUUAAAUUUGGAGGAAGUUUUCUCUUCCCAUGCUGGGAUUGCACACACCAGGUGGGCCACACAUGGUGAACCAGCUCCAAGGAAUAGUCAUCCUCAGUCAUCUGGUCCUGGGGAUGACUUUUUGGUCGUUCACAAUGGCGUGAUCACCAAUUAUGAGGUGUUGAAGGAGACAUUAGUUCGGUAUGGAUUCACAUUUUCAUCAGAAACAGACACCGAAGUUAUUCCUAAGCUUGCCAAAUUUGUUUUUGACAAUGCAAAUGUAGAAGGCGAACAGACAGUCACAUUCUGUCAAGUUGUUUUCGAAGUGAUGAGGCAUCUCGAGGGAGCUUAUGCCCUUAUAUUUAAAAGCCGACAUUAUCCAAAUGAAUUAAUUGCAUGCAAGCACGGCAGCCCACUGCUUUUAGGCGUUAAAGAGCUAGCUCGAGACCGGAACGAUAAUGCUGUUUUCCAAGACUCCCACUUCAUUUCCAAGAGCGAGCAUCCUAAAGAACUUUUCCUGUCAAGUGAUGCACAUGCUAUUGUUGAGCACACAAAGAAGGUUUUAGUGAUCGAAGAUGGAGAGGUGGUUCAUCUCAAGGAUGGAUGUGUUUCGAUCCUCAAGUUUGCAAAUGAGAAGGGAAGGCAAGGUGGUUUAUCUAGACCCGCUUCAGUGGAACGCGCAUUAUCUGUUCUUGAGAUGGAGGUAGAGCAAAUCAACAAGGGAAAAUACGAGCACUAUAUGCAGAAAGAAAUUCACGAGCAGCCAGAAUCUUUAACAACUACGAUGAGAGGCAGGCUUAUACGAGGAGGUGGUUCAUACAAAUCGAAGACCGUCCUCCUCGGUGGUUUGAAAGAUCACCUCAAAACAAUAAGGCGUAGCCGACGCAUAGUUUUUAUCGGAUGUGGAACAAGUUACAAUGCUGCUCUUGCAUCAAGACCCAUCCUUGAAGAACUCUCUGGUAUUCCAGUCAGCAUGGAAAUUGCUAGUGAUUUAUUGGACCGACAAGGUCCGAUAUACAGAGAGGACACUGCCAUUUUUGUCAGUCAAUCUGGUGAAACUGCAGACACUUUACUUGCCUUGGAAUAUGCUCGCAAAAACGGUGCAUUAUGUGUCGGUGUAACCAACACUGUCGGGAGUGCAAUAGCUAGAAAUACUCAUUGUGGUGUCCACAUAAACGCCGGGGCGGAGAUUGGUGUUGCGAGCACAAAGGCAUAUACAAGUCAGAUUGUAGUGAUGGUUAUGGUAGCUCUAGCCAUUGGAGGGGACACCAUUUCCAACCAAGCGAGACGGGAAGCCAUAAUCGAGGGCCUACUUGACUUACCCAAUAAAGCGAGGGAAGUACUCAAGCUAGACCAGGAAAUGAAGGAACUCGCAAAGCUGCUAAUAGAUGAGCAGUCACUUCUUGUAUUUGGCAGAGGAUACAACUAUGCAACGGCUUUAGAAGGGGCAUUGAAAGUAAAGGAGAUUGCUCUUAUGCACAGUGAAGGCUUACUUGCCGGCGAAAUGAAACACGGCCCUCUUGCUUUGGUCGAUGAGAAUCUCCCGAUUGUUGUGAUAGCUACUCGGGAUAAUUGUUUCAGCAAACAACAGUCGGUAAUUCAGCAACUUCACGCACGAAAGGGACGGUUAAUAGUGAUGUGUUCAAAGGGAGAUGGUGCUUCAGUAUGCCCCAGCGGAUCCUGUCGAGCAAUUGAGGUCCCUCAAGUCGAAGACUGUCUUCAACCCGUUGUUAACAUCCUUCCAUUACAGUUAUUGGCAUAUCAUCUAACAGUUCUGAGAGGUCACAAUGUAGACCAGCCGAGGAACCUCGCCAAGAGUGUCACGACUCAAUAAAAGCUUAAGCUAACAAAACGGGGAGUUACCCGUCUCGAGUUGUACGAUAUUCCCACGCAUUUGGAGUUUCGGGUUCGGGUUUUAGCCUCUCCAUAAGCUUAUUAUAUGAGCCUUUUUAUUGUAAAUGAAGUAGGAAUAAAACCCUCCGGUUUCAUUGGCUUGUUCUGAUUAUCUUUCAGGCUCAUAUUAGGUAUCCCACAACUUCAUGCUUUUGUUGUGUAUUUUGUCAGUAAGAUGGGUCUUGAUGAGAAGUGUUAGCUUCUUCAAAUCAUAAAUGUUUAGAUUUACUUAA